AUGACAGUAGCCGAAAACUAUCACAAGUCAGCUGUGUUGCAAGGGAUCGAUGAUGAUACUGGCCCACAAGGUUCUAGUUCGUAUUCGCCAACUCGUUCACAGAAUUCAAAAAACCUACUAACACAUCUGAUAAGUGGACCACAAUUGGCAAAAGAUGAGAAUAUUGUAAGAAUGUUCAAGUCUCUCAGCGUUGACGUACAGGAUUUGGUAGAAGAAGUGCGAUCCUUGCGCAAAAUCAUUGAAGUCACCAAUGGUGCCCAAAAUAUUCAAUUACCAGAAGAGAUUGAAGACAUGGAAAUACCUAUAUCAAACAUGGCAAAAUUCGUAAUUUUUUACGAAAAAUUAAAUAAAGAGAAUUCUGGAUUCCGUAACAGAGUGGCACGCUCUUUACACCUACAUAUCGACCGGGAUGGGGUAUUGUCAAAAAGCGUCAAGUCGAUGCUUAAACACUACCUAUCAAGAACACUACUAUUGUUGUUCACUGCAGUAAAAAAGACAGAAGGCAAGGAAGUCUUCAGUGAGACGAACUUCUGUAAAAUCAUAAUGGGAGUACUAAACGAACAGCACGCUAAAAACGGGAAAUCACCAACAAAAAAAAGUGUAUUUUACAAACAGCUUGGAAAUUUAAUCAGCAACGCAAUCGAUUGGGAUGGACAUCGUAAAAAAAGAAAAGAACGCCGAGAGACUAACCUGAGGAAAAAAAAUAAUGCUAUACCAGAAAAUGAAAAUUCCCUGCCGGAAAGGGACAAUGCUAGCCCGAGGACUGACGAUACUUUUGAGAAUUCAGAGCCGCUUGUUUGA